UGCAACUGACUCAUCUGAAAAAUUUAUAUUUCCCGCGUUAUCAUUUUCACGUCUCAAUUCAAAUCUCUCUCAAGCCGAACGUCUCUGCUGCGAAAGAUUCUGAAAUCUGUGUACGUUCUCGCCUUCUACCUAUUUGUUAUUCGAAAAUUCAAUCAAUUUUGAUUGCUACCUCCUUGGGUUGUAAUCUCUUAUCUUUCGCUCUGAAACUUAUGAAAUUCAAGUCGUAUGUUUUGUUUUUGUUUUUUGUUGGACUCAAUACGUCUUUCUUGAUCGAUUUUGUUUCUUCUUAGUAGCGUUUAUUGGUGACUUGAAUAAUUGGUUCGCUUUGUGCGGAGUUUUAGUAGUCUGUGUUUGUAUGGUGUUUCUUGAUGCUCAGCUGCAAAUUUAUGCCCUGCGAUCCAAUGACCUAAAGUAUGCCUUAUUACCAUUUUUGUCUUAGUAUUUUGGUUAUGAUCUACAGAUCUGGGUUGGAUGAUAAUAAAUUUCAACCAUUGAAGUGCUAAUUGCGGCUUUUGAGUGCGUGAUUUAUGUUCGAUUUUUUGUAUAGAGUUCUCCUUAUGGACGCUUGGAAAUUUGCUGAUGCCUGUGGUAGGUACGUUUCCGAGUUAGUUCAGGGAUUUCUAUGGUUUAUCAUGACAGUGACAGAACUACUUGAUUUGGUCAACUUAAAAUAGUGUACAUUAUCAUCGUUAUUAUGGGGGAGGAUUUGGACCAUGAAGAAAAUCUAUAACUGGAAUUAGGUUUUCUGGACGGUUUUAUUUCCACUCAAUAAAACAAAAGGGUAAAAAAUUGAAAUGCAGCCAUGCGCGAACAAUUUGGUAGUUUCCUGUGUAGCAUCUGUCACGAUAACAUGAAAUGCACACAGUUACAUGAUGACAAAGUUUGCUGACUCUUAGCCGUUUCAGGUUCUGCCAUCUUAAUUUUCCUUUUUGGAUAGAUAGCUCAAGGAACUCUCCUCAGAUCCUAUUCAGUGCUGGAAAGUUGAAACAUAAUGAAAACAGGCAGGCACCCAGAUGGAAGGGCAGAAAAAUUGGGGAAAAGGUGUGGGACAUCUGCUGACACGAUUGGAGUUCAGAAGUAUAGAAAGAUAAUUUCUCAGGAGAUAAAAUCUCUUGAUAAUGCACACAUUGAAGAUGACUUGAAGAAUGCACAGAGUUCGGUUGAUCGAACUAAUCCGACAGAAAUGACAGAGAGGUCACCUCUUCUUCAUCUUUAUCCCACACAGAUGCCCCACCCUCGCACAAAGAUCAAGCUUCAACUUUUUCCAAUAAAUGAAAAGACCCGCAUAGCAUUGGAAAAGGAUGGAUAUCACCCACAUUUGGAACUGACUUUAAGGGCUCGAAAGAAAAUGUCUUCGGUAUUAAAUCAUCUUAUUAGCAAAUGGGGAUGCUCUAAUGCAGCACGAGGGGAGCUCACACUUUUUCCAUACAGUAAGCCAUCAAAUCUUGUCUGUGGUUUAAAAUGGACUCUGAAAGAUAGUGACAUCAGUGCUGGAGAUGUCUAUGCAGCUGUUGGUGGUUCUUCAAUUUUCCGCUUAAGGUACGGCUGGGUCUCCACAUCCAUUCCUAAACUCCAUUCAUCCUCGAAAGGCUUGGAGAGAGGUUGCGGUAGUAUCGUGCGUAUCAUAGAUGGCGAAUGCAAACAAUCUGAGCAAAUGGUGGAUGAGAUCAAGUCAAGCAAUAUGAAUGAUCUGAAUAACCCUGCUGCACCAGAGAAGAUAGUGGACUGUCCAUUUAAUCCAGUGGGUAAUGAGCCACCGUUAGAUUAUGAUCAUCAGUUGUCAUCAGAAUGUGGAAUCCUGCAGUUAGAUAGUAUAUCAAACAUAAGCGUGGGAGGCCUCUUGUCUGAAGCUUCCUUAUUGGGAAAAUGCAGUAGCUGGAGUUCAAAGGUAACAAGGGGCAAUGCAGGCGUGCAGCCAGCUGAAGUAAUUACUGAUUCCCUUGAUGCAUGCAUUGCUGCGGCCAAGAUGAGAUUUUCUGAAGUUCCAAAGCAGCACCAUAGUGAUCAACAUUCGUCUAUUUUGGAUGCUGAGCAGACUUGUGAUGCAUUUGCUAUGAAAAGGCUCUCUUCGUCGAGCAAAAAUACUCCUUCUCUAGAUGCCAGAUCUUGGGGCACCUUCCAAGAGGCUGAUUCCAAGUUAUUCAAAUUUCCUAAAACACCUCAGGCCCAUAACCGAUCUGAGCUUUCUCAAGAUCCUGCUGAUAAAGAAUCCAAGACUGAUCUGAUGUUCUGUUCGCGGGUUUAUCAUGAUGAAAGCAGCCUUGGGCUGUCAAGAAUCAAUUGGAGCGACUCCUUGGGACCCUUUGAUCUUGACUUGCCUGUUUCCCGCUAGGUCUCCUCCAGUGGUGAUGGUCUUAGCAUGAGUGAAUUUGUCAGGUACCAAUAAGAAUAUAGAACCAACUCCAUACAAAGACAAUGUAUAGUUAAGGACUUGGCCAACAAUUAUAUUUACGGUCAUUUCCAAAUAUUCUGGUAUGUGAUUUGCAACUGUAUAGAUUCUUCACUCAGUAUAGAUUCUUCACUCAAUAUCCUGUAGCUUUAGUCAUUAUAAUCCUUGUAUUGUGAUUACAGAAGCUGUUGCACCGAAUCUGGGUGCGAACUUUAGGCAUUAGAUUGCUUGCCUAGAUAGAUGGUGUAUAGAUAGAGAAUACACGAACUAAAGCAGACCACUGCGGAUAUUGUAGUUGUCAAAUGUGUGGGUUCAGCCUGCAGUUGAACCCUUUUUUCAGCUUAAUAAUGUGGGUUAGGACGAUUCGAAACGAA